GUUAUUAAACCGCUUUAUAAUUAUAGGCAAUAAUUAACCAUCCGUUCUAAGAGUAGACCAGAUCUCUCUCUCUGUCUCUCUCUUUAUCUCUCUGUGUAAUUUCUCAAUUAUAUUGUGUGUGUGUUGGUUUUGUUCCAUGGCAGAUCAUUCACGGGCCACAUCUCAUGAGUUUUGCAGCAGUUUUGGCUUUGGAAGUGUCUGUAAAGUUUGCAAAUCCUUCGUCUCCAGAUUCUCCCCUGACCGUAUUUUAUCUCCUAAGAAUAAGACUCAACAACCCCAUAAUAAAGAUCAAAAGCCUAAAUCCAAUAUCCUCCAAGAUCACAAGGUUAGUAUAAAGAAAAGCAGUGUUGAUGAAACCGUUAUUGACGUUGAAGAUUUAAGAUAUAACCACAAUGAUCAAGUACCCCCCGGAGCCGUACAUAACAAUAACCACCGAAGCAACGGACAUUAUUACUAUACAAGUUCUCCCAUUUCAAGUCCUCCCGGUUCAAGAAGCACCAGCCCUUCUCGCCUCUCCAGGACCAUUUCUCGAAUUUUUCGAACCACAAGCGGAAAACAUCAUAACUUUGUUCCUUCAAGUAAUGUCGGUGGUGGAAGUGGACCGGCAUUGGCAAGCACGCUUUCGCGUAAUGCUAGCCGUACUCAUGAUAGAGUUGACAGUACUCAUGCAGUUCCGAAAUCCUUUUCGCGGAGUGCAAGCCUUCGGAAUAGAAGCGAAGCACCCCCUGCAGCCUCAACGGCAUUACCAGCGUCGUUUUCCCGUAAUGCGAGCCGGAGGAGCUCAACUCCUAUAAUGUUUUCCAGCUCGACCGGAUUGGUAAAACCCCCACCUAUGGAAGAGACACUUGAAUGUACCCUAGAAGAGUUGUGCUUUGGAUGCGUUAAGAAGAUGAAGGUUACAAGAGAUGCGGUUACAGAUAUUGGGCUAACAGAAGAAGAGGAGGUACUAACAAUCAAAGUGAAGCCAGGAUGGACAAAAGGGACCAAGAUUACAUUCGAAGGCAAAGGUGAUGAGAGGCCAGGCACUUCUCCAGCAGAUGUGAUUUUUGUGAUCGCAGAGAAACGACACCUUCUCUUCAGGAGAGAAGGCGACAAUCUGGAAUUGGCAGUAGAAAUCCCAUUGGUAAAAGCUCUUACAGGUUGCACUAUUUCCAUACCGUUGUUGUGCGGUGAAAAGAUGAGCUUAACCAUUGAUGAUAUUAUCUACCCUGGUUAUGAAAGGAUUAUAGCAGGACAAGGUAUGGCUAAGCCCAAACAGCAAGGGAACAGAGGAAACUUGAUUAUAACUUUCUUAGUAGCUUUUCCAACUGAACUUACAGAGGAACAAAAGUCUGAUGUAGUCAGGAUUUUAGAAGAUUCUUCUUGAGGGAACUUUGGUCAUUUUAUCUUCUUAUUAAACCUUUUUUUUUUGGUUGGCUUGAUUUGCAAUUAGAUGUAGCAAAACAGAAUAUUAGGGGUCGUUUGGUAGGAUGCAUUAGAUAAUUUAAUGCAUGCAUUAACUUUGUGUAUUAAUAAUACA